CACACCGAGUAGAGAUCUGCUAACAACCUUGUCACAUCGCCAUGCCCGUCCUUUCCAUUGUCGUCCUUGUUCUACUGCACCACCUCGGCAGUUCAACAGCACAAGUCGGUUCAGAGGUUCCUGAAGGGUGGCCGUUGACUGAAGUUGGAGAACACGUCACCCUGACUGGAUCUUGUCUGGCAUAUGGAGAGCUUCUACAGUACUUAACUAGACAGGACAAGCUGGAGAGCGAGUUAGAGGCACUGAAGAACGAGACACAGCAAUGUUGUGAGGGCCAAUGGGCGCUCUGGAUGGAGAACCAACAGCAGUCUUUUGGCAGUCUACAGGUCAACGUGGAGAACCAAACCAACACUCUUCAGCAACAACAGGCAACGAUUCAGCAACUGCAAGUAACAGUGGGUGACCAGGUCAACAUCAAUCAACAACAACAUGCUACCGUGCAACAGCUGCAAGCAACAGUGGACAACCAAGCCAACAUCAUCCAGCAACAAGAGGCCACAAUUCAGCAAAUGCAGACCCGUCUGAGCCAACUUUCAGAUAAGGUGAACAGUGCUCGUGACUGUAUGGAACUGUUGACGACUGGACACGACACCAGCGGGGUGUACACCAUCUACCCUGAUGGAGGAGGGAAAAGUCCUGUUCACGUCUACUGUGACAUGGACACUGAAGGGGGUGGAUGGACGCUGUUCCAGAAGCGCCAGGACGGUUCAGUCAACUUCUAUCGAGACUGGCAGGUGUACAAGACAGGGUUUGGGGACCUGAGGGGAGAGUUCUGGCUAGGUAACGACCACUUGCACCGCCUGACGGCCCAGGAUGUGUACGAACUGAGAGUGGAUCUGGAGGACUUUGAGGGUAACACGGCCUACGCCAAGUACAACAUCUUCAGGGUGGAGGAUGAGGUGCACAAGUACAGGCUAACUGUGGACGGGUACUCUGGCAAUGCAGGUGACACCAUGACCGACUCAGUCCGUCCUCACAACGGCAUGUACUUUUCUACGAGGGACAGGGACAACGAUCCUCACUCUACUGCCGACUGUGCAGAAAUAUACAAAGGCGCAUGGUGGUACGAGAGGUGCCACCGUGCAAACCUGAACGGGCUGUACCUGGGUGGGUCUCACCAGUCCGAUAGAGACGGUGUCAAUUGGAACCCAUGGAAGGGCUCACGCUAUUCACUGAAAAUUACUGAAAUGAAGAUAAGGCCUAACUAG